UGCUAACUGAUUCUUACAGCGGUACGAAGAAGAGAUUUCGCAUGUCGUGGAGGAAAAUGUGGAAGUGUUAUGCUUAAUGAUAACCUCAUAUCAUCAUAUAUCUACCUGAGCCAGGAUUUUUUACGGUAUGUGAUUGUAGUACUGUCCACACGUGCAGUUGUGUUUGCUGGUAAAGAAGUGUAUGUUGCAGGAAGCAACUCUUAAAGUAGUUAAAUAGUCAAACUUUUAACGUCCAUGAGCAAGAGCAAGCUGUCAACUAAAGCCGCAUAGCCUGCCUGCCUGCCUAUCUAUCCAUUCAGUUUGUGAAACUGCUUAGGCUAUUUGUCCGUGAGCUACUAGACGAAGUUAACACUUACUGUAGGCUACGCGUUUGCAUUACCUUCUUCAUGGAGAGAAACAUUCUUCAUCAGAGAAACGAUGUCCAGUGAAGAUUCCAGCAGUGAAGAGGACACGGAGAAGCUGAAAGAGGCAACGUGGAGUUUUGUUCCUGCAAAAACAAAUGGCUCUCAGACUGGUCAGACCAAUGAAUGUGGCAAGAAUGGCACACAUAGUCGACGAACUGUUGCAUCUGAGCAUGAGAAGGAUGGCAAUGAGCUGGAGACCACACCAGAGUUCCGAGCUCACGUGGCAAAGAAGUUAGGAAAUGUGCUUGAUAGCUGCAUAGCAGAAGUUUCCUUGGCAACUGUGAACUCCAGCAGUGUAUGGUCUAGCCAGGAAAAGGAGAGAGAGGAGGAGAAGGAGGAGGAGGAUGAAGGUUUUCGUCUCUUCUCGACAUCUGUACCUGGUAUGAGUGAAUCAGCUCCGGUUCCUUCACUGAAGCGAAGACCUCUCCCUAGCUCCAGUGACAGUGACAGUGAGAUGGAUACGAGGAUCAAAGAAGCAGCAGUGACCAUCUCAGACAUUGUCCGCCCAUACUGCACAGAGAAAACGGAAGAAAAGAAAGACUCUGCUGAUCCCGUGGAGAGCAAAGAGGACGCAUGCGGGAGCUUAGUCACCGAGAAGAAGAAGAAGAAGAAGAAGAAUAAGAAGAAAAAGAAGAAGAAGAAGAUUCCUAAGCUUGAGGAAGACCAUGAAGAGGAAAGAAAAGAUUAUUUUAAUGAUGGAAACUUAGAAAUACAAGAGGAGAGCACACAGGAGACCCCACAACUUGAAGAGAAGAAAAAGAGAAAGAAAAAAAAGAAAGUUGAGGCUUGACCUCGAGUUGACAGAGAAUAAGAUGAUCGCUGUGUCGUCUUUGUUCAUUUAGUCUGCAAUGCGUAUUUUCUACGGCUUGCGCCAGUUUUUUUUUUUUACCAUGUAGGAAGGGAGACACUGUUAGUCUUCUGCCUAGAAAGUGGAAAUAGUGGAAUAUAGGGCAUGACUUUCAAAACAGGAAGAAGAGAACAUGCAAAGUGAAGUUACUAUAGUGUUUCUGUUCCCGAGCAAACGUUCCUGUUCAUUUCAGAGGAAAAAGUAGUGCUUCGUAAUGAUCAUGUUUUAUUUUGUGGAAUGAUCAUAUUUUUAUUUGUGGAUUUUUCAUGCUGUCAUCCGAACAUUGUAGUCAAGGCCAAUAAAAUUAUGUGUGGUUUUACAUUAA